AGUGGCUCUCCCAGCUUCCUGAGGCGAUGGAGGGAGAGAGCACUGAGCAACUCCUGGCUGUUUUCAGCUGCUUCUAGCCCAACAGAAAGGGCUGAGGCGAGAGAGAUGGAGACAGCGGCGCACAAAUACGACGACGGCGCAGAGGAGAAGGUGGCCUGGUCCGCCCACUGCAUGUGACUACAGCCAGCUUUGCGCCAGCCCUUGGGCUCCUGCAAGACUCCCCGAGGCUUUGUGGGCUUGUCGAGAAAACUUCAGAAGCUCCCCGACCCCCUUUUGGGAGAGGACCAAGACUUACCGUUUCAUCAUCAGGCUGCGACCAACCCCACCGGGACGGGCGGCUGGCUCUCUGCGUUGUCCAGAAGAACUGGCAGACUCGAGGUGGCCUAGGUUGCCAGCCUAGAGCAGCCGUUUGUCACCCCCUCUUAUUUUGGCUUUUGUGGAACCUGGCACCCCCCAAACAUGCUUUUCCUGGUGCUUCUGGCCAUGCCAUUGGUGAUGGGCCCCAGUGGCACAGCCAUGGCACUCUCUACCUGCCAGACCUUGGACUUGGAGGUAGCCCGGGCACGGAGGGUCCAGGCCGUGCGAGGCCAAAUCCUCAGCAAGCUGCAGCUGGCAACACCUCCCGAGGAAGAGGAAGGGGUGCCCGAACAACCGCCCCCCGAGGUGAUGCUGCUGUACAAUAGCACGCGGGAGUUGACGCGGGAACGGCCGGCCUGCGGCGGACGGAGCACCAGCAGCAGCAGCAGCAGCGAGGAAGAGGAGUACUACGCCAAGGAAGUGCGGCGGGUGGAUAUGCUGCCCGCCGGGCAUGCUGACAACUCCAUCGCUAGCACCCAAGCCAGCCCCUUCUUUCGCCUUCUGCGUUUCGACGUCUCGGGUGCAGAGCGCAACCUCAGCAGCCUCGUUCAGGCCGAGCUGCGCAUCUACAGGGUCCCAAACCCCCGAGCGCGUGUGAUGGAGCAACGCGUGGAGUUGUAUCAGGUGGUACGGGCAAGAGAGCCUUCAGGACCAACCCAGCGUUACGUGGAAAGCCGAACGUUUCACCCAACUGAUAGGGCUGAGUGGGUAUCCUUUGAUGUCACAGACACCAUCAGCCAGUGGCUGGAUAAAAGAGAGAGAAACCUGGGCUUCAAGUUGGGAGUGCAUUGUCCCUGCUGCACUUACGUCCCUGCUGGAAACACGAUUAACCCCAACCACAGUGAGGAGCUGGAGGCUCGGUUUGCAGGCCUGGAUGACGAUCUUAUCAAGGAAGCCUGGAAGGGGCGUGCAAGGCCCCCAGAUCUCAGCGGCAAAGCUCCGCACCUGAUCCUCACUCUGCUGCCCCCCCACCGGUUGGAGUCCCCACCCAAGGGACGCCGUCGGAGGUCAGCCAACACUCCCAGCUGCGCCAGGAGUACAGACCAGGGCUGUUGCCUGCGCACCCUGUACAUUGAUUUCCGCAAGGAUCUGAAGUGGAAGUGGAUCCACCAGCCCAAAGGCUACAAGGCAAAUUUCUGUGCAGGGAACUGCCGUUAUGUAUGGAGCAUGGACACGCAUUACAACAUGGUGCUCCCCUUGUACAACAAGCUGAACCCCGAGGCCUCGGCUGCCCCAUGUUGUGUCCCCCAUGAACUGGAACCCUUGACCAUCCUCUACUACGUUGGCCGCUUGCCCAAAGUACAGCAACUCAGCAACAUGGUUGUGAAAUCCUGCCGCUGCCGCUGAGUGUGUGUGUGAGGGGGGCAGGAACCGGUUUCAUGGAAGGUGGGAACUGGACUAACUGGAGUAAAGGGACAUCCCUUCUCAUCCCUAUCAGUCUCUCUGUCCCAAGGCUACUGGGAAAAGGAUUCUCAACCUGACAUUAUUCCAUCCCCACCCACCCCGCCA